AUGCGGUGCGCGAGCAAGGCCGCCGAGAGCGCGUCCGCAAGUCUCUGUGCGGACGCCGAAGCAGAAACCACAGCAACUAAUGUCUCAUUUGUUGCUGAAGCGACUCAGCCUGUGUCUUCUGGUGAUGCAGGCGCUGGUCAUGAAGGCACUCAUGUCUUCACAAAGUAUGAGCUCAGUGUCUCAUACUCUCCUGAUACGGAAGACGGAUCCGUAUCGACGGCGAUCGAAUUCAAGCCGCCUACCCAGGCGUGGCAUUGA